AACAGCAACAGCAACAGCAGCAGCAGCAGGAGCGCUGGUACGGCCAGCCGGCCUGGCAGCAGGCGGAGACGGCGCCCAGCGGCCCGCCGGCGGCUGCGCUGGAGUUCCCGUGGUCUGCCGGCUCUGUAACGGGCGGUCAGGUGAAGCGAUCGAACACGCUCGCCGAAACACGCGGAGGCUCCGGCUUUGGUCGCCGUCCCACGCUGAGCUCGUACCCGAGACAUAGCAGCACUCUGCCGGCGGGCCAGCAGCCGUGGACGCCGCCCGAAGACAGGUUUGCGAAACAGUGGCGUGAUGACAGCCUGUCGCCGACGGCGUCGCAAGCUUCGACGAUCACGCCGCAGAUGGCAGCACCAGGUGGACGCUGGGCGGCGCCAUUGUCGCCCAGUGGCUCCGUGGUCAGCGUCGACUGGAACCAGCUGUUCGACACCAGCAGCGAAGUAUCGAGCGUGCUGGACGACGAGCUGAGUUCGGUGGCGAGCGACGCUGCGCGGCGGCCGCUGAGCCGGGCGGAGGUGGUGCGCUGGUACCAGCAGCACCAGCUGCCGCGCGGCGUCGGCGUCGACGCCCUCACCGGCCGCGCCGCGCCCUGGUUCCACGGUCUGGUGGGCCGGGGCGAGGCCGAGCAGCGCCUGCUGCCCUGCCCGCCGGGCGCCUACCUGGUGCGGUGCUCGCUGCGGAUCUGGGGGUACACGCUCUCGUACCGGGCCCAACAGCGGUGCAAGCACUUCCUGGUGGAGGCUGCCGACGUCGGCUACCGCUUCUACGGAAACCCGGAUAGAUGUUUUAGGAACGCUCGGCGGACGCCCGACUCGACGGUAGACAACAUGGCCUGCAUGUAG